ACUAAAAUUUAAAACAAAUUCUUGAGAGAUUUUUUGAAACAACAUGAAACCUGGAAUGUGUUUAGUGUUGUUUAUAGCGUUAAUGGCAGUGAUGUCGAUAGUUUCUUCGCAGUCGUCGAGUUGCACGGAUGUCCUAAUCAGCAUGGCGCCAUGCCUCGGCUUCAUCACUCAGAACACUUCUUCUCCGUCUCAACAAUGUUGUAAUCAGUUGGCUCAUGUUGUCCGGUAUUCUUCUGAGUGUUUGUGUCUAGUUCUCGAAGGUGCAGGUUCUCAACUUGGAAUGUUUGUUAACGAGACACAAGCUCUUGCUUUGCCUAACGCUUGUCAUGUUCAAACUCCUCCUGCUAGUCGCUGCAAUGGUGGUUCUUCGAAUAAUUCGCAUGCAACUUCAGAACAUGGACAUGGAUCAAAAACAGUCCCAGCAGGAGACAAGUCAUCAUCUGAUAGGAGUUCUAGCAAGUUCUCGUUCCCUCUACUCGCCAUCCUUUCGACAGCUUCGUACAUCACAAUCUUUACAAAAUACUGACUUAUUUUACCCAUAAAGCUUUUGGCCUAAAGAACAUAUUUGUUUUUAGUCUCUCUAUAAAAUCGCAGUGUAUUGGUUUGUAGUGCAAAGAGUGUGUUACGUUGUAUCUCUUUGCUUUAUGCAAUAUUGAACAUAAUUUUCUAGAACAUGGUUGAAAUACGUGAUAUGUUUAUA